CCCCACACAUCAUUGUGGUGCGCAUGCGCCUGGCUGGCUUGUCGGCCCUCAUUCUGCAGUGCAUGAAGGGAAGGUUCGGCUUGACGUUUGCUUUCGCUGGAAGAGCUGCUGUUCUUGGAAAAAUUCUGUUUUCGUUCUUUGUUUGCGAACUUAACAACAAUAACUUGCAAUCCAUAGUACAGUAACUUGCAAUCUACGCUAUUGUGGUAAUGGGAAAGGUAGAGUUUGUUCGUAGCUUCAGAGUUAAUACUUUCAUAGUGCUAAGCUACAAAAAACGCAUUUGCAAAAUCGCUCACUCGUUCUGGUAUGACGUUUUGUGGUUGUCUUUUUUAAAUACUCACAAAAGUAAAGUGACUCAAAAGGAAGAAUGUACACUUCAGUGGCGGAUCCAGGGAGGGGCCUGGGGGUCCCACUUUAUUUUUAGACCAAACUGAGGCCCGAAGGGCUGAAAAAAGUGUAUUUGGAGACCGGGUCCCCCCUUUUCUAAGGGUCUGGAUGACCGCCCCCCUCCCCCCUUAUCUUAAGGUCUAGAUCCGGCACUGCACUUAACAAAAUCAUUUGAUUGUGAAAUUAGAUUCAUUUUGUUGCAGAGGCGAUAGCAUCCCCGGAAACUUUUACACCACCUUCAACAACAUCAGCGUCAUCAUUAGCAUCAACUUCAGCAUCAUCAACAACAACAACGCUAACAACAACAAUAACAAAAUGAGCAACGUUUUCGCCAGGUAAAAACAAGAAACUUUCUAGAAGGUGCUUCAGUUUGAUUGUAAGAUAAAACGUUGCUAACCGUGUCUUGUAAAGUCCCUUUAUCUGGUCAGUGCAGUUCUGUAAAAGAAAAUAAAUCAAUUAUCAACUCCCUGAAGCACUGGACGUUAUUAAGAGGGUCUGAAUGGGGUUUAGUGUUCAGUGUUAUUUGCCCAUAAUUUUUAUUGCUUGGUGUUAAAUUGGCCAAUUUUUAAUGUUUGUUGUUUCCGAAGAAAGUACUGUUAAGGGUUUGGGGGGUUCUUCGAACAUCUUCCGCAAUGGUCGGACCUCUUCGUUAGUUUUCGGAAAUCUUCGACAAUAUUCGGGAAUCGUCGAUAGCCUUCAGAAAUCUUCUGAAAUAAUCCGGAAUUGUCGUAAAAUGGCCAGAAACUCCUUGAUAUACUAAACAAAAUGAUAUUGGCCUUUUUGAAGCUGUUUUUUCUUCUUUCUGGAAAAAAUUUACUGUUUCAAAGAAUUUUUUGCUUUCAUUGUUACAAUGCCUAAAAUUUAACUGUUUCAUGUUACAAAGCCAAAAAAUGAAGUGUUUAGUGUUGUAGAGGUACCCCAUUCAGACCCUGUUUUAAAUGUUACAUUUCUAAUGUCCUAAGAUUUUUCUUUACACAGAAACAACAAUACUUGCGAACACCACAAACACAAGGCUCCCAUCUCUACCCGGUAAGUCACUUUGUAUCACUCCCUUUUGACCUUAAAAUGACUUUUCUCAAUCAUUUUCCAUCAAAAUUGGCGUUCUCCUCGUUCGUGUCCGCAAAUACGUCCUAAAAUUCAGCUUCGUAUUUGUUACAGCCAUCAAUAUGCCAUUGAUUAAGGCCGAGUAAGAAGAAGGCAAAAAGCACGCAUCAGAAAAAUGACUUAACGACAAUGAAGCGGUAGCGUGCUCAAUCUUUUUUUUUUUAAUUGAGUACACUUAGUUCAAACCACGUAUUUCGCACUGGGAGUCAAAAGCUUAAACAGUUUCAGUAUCUGGUUUUCAAAUUUUCUUUGAAAGGCACUAUAACUUGAAUUGAAAUUCAUCCCUCAAUAACUUUACCAAAUUCGUUUGUCUACUUUGCGAAAUUCAUUCCAUCGUACUGUUCUCUUACUUUUUCAGAGUGCCUCAAAUUGGUGCUCCUGGACUCUGACGACAGAUCAAUGUAUUAUAAAACAGACGAUAAUACAGGCCUAGCUAAAUGUGACAGCUCCCUUCAAAAAAGCUGGUAUAGGUUUCAGGGGGGCACCAGUGACCACAUGCCAACUUCGUACAUCGAUAAACUGCAUUGCGGCACGCAUGCGCCAGGAUGGCUUUCAGGGAUACAUCCUUCAGUUUCC